UGUGCUAUCUAUAGGUGUUGCCGGUGCCCCUCAUCCCUCCGGACGUCGCGAGUCGAGGGAGCUCCUCUUCUUCUUCCCAUGCGCUGGCCAAAGUGGAGAAUGUGGCAGCCGCCUGCGGUGCCAAGGCCAUCCUGUCCACAGUCGCCUACCACACCGCCGUGCGCGCGUCAGCAAUCCGAGACACUUUGCUGUCGAGGUCCGGCGGCCGACCGUCGUGGCCAAAGCUUCCCUGGAUGCACACCGACUUGUGGGUUUCCAAGCAAAACAAAGAGGCCGAGGAUUACUUUAGGGGUCGCGGGGAGGCCGAGGAGAGUGAAAGAUGCUGCUUCCUCCAGUUCACGUCGGGCUCUACUGGCGAUCCCAAGGGCGUCAUCAUCACCCACGCCGCUCUCAUCCACAACGUGAAGCUGAUGCGGCGGCGGUACAAGAGCACGUCCAGGACGGUGCUGGUGAGCUGGUUGCCGCAGUACCACGACAUGGGUCUCAUCGGGGGCCUCUUCACUGCGCUGGUGAGUGGUGGCACCGCCAUUCUCUUGUCGCCCACGAACUUCAUCCGGAGGCCCUUGUUGUGGCUCGAGGCCAUGAGCAAGUACGAGGCAACGCACAGCGCGGCACCCAACUUUGCGUUUGAUCUCGUCGUCAACAAGAUGAACCAACAACCCGGCAUCACGUACCAGCUCUCGUGCCUCAAGUUCCUCAUGGUCAGUGCCGAGCCGGUAAGAAGCUCCACGCUCAAGAGAUUUCUCAAGACCAUGGAAAGCUCGGGGCUCAAGGAAGAGGUUGUUGCUCCUGGUUAUGGACUGGCCGAGAACUGUGUGUUCGUCAGCGUUGCAUGGGGGCGGGGCAGGCCUUUAGUUGUGGACUGGCAAGGCAAGGUUUGCUGCGGGUAUGUGGACAGGGGCAACCCGGACGUGGAUGUGAGGAUCGUAGAUCCAGAGACUGGCGUGGAAGUGGGAGACGGUGUGGAGGGAGAGAUUUGGGUGGGAAGUCCGAGCAAUGGUGCCGGUUACUGGGGAAACGAGAGGCUCAGUCAGGACACUUUUCAUGCAAGGUUAGAAGGCGGUGAAGAAGCUAACAGGUUUCUCAGGACUGGCGACCUGGGAAGGGUGGUCAAAGGCAUGCUGUUUGUGACUGGGCGGAUCAAGGACUUGAUUAUCAUCAGGGGCCGGAACGUCUACCCGUCCGACAUUGAAAAGACCGUGGAAGCAUGCUCCGGAUCACUCAGGCCUGGAUGCUGUGCUGCUUUUGGUGCGCCUGGACGAGCCCUCCACUCCAAAGGGAUCAAAGUUUGUGACGAGGACGAAGUUGGGGUGGUGGUGGUUGCAGAAGUGCGAGACGAAUCAAAGGUUGAUCCCGAGCAGCUCACUGCACACAUUUCCUCUAUGGUUGCGAGUGAGCAUGGCUUGAGUGUCGCUUCGGUGAGGCUCGUCAAGCCGCGAACGAUCUCAAAAACUUCAUCGGGAAAGAUACGGAGGCUUGACUGUUUGAAGCAGUUCACUGAGGACAGGCUAGACAGCAUAAGUCCCACGAUUGAGAAGACUAAGAAAAUUCUAAGGCUUCGAAGGUCGAGAACUUUUAGUGGGACUCCUGGCGUGAUACCACCGACGCCGCCACCGUCUGCUGCCAGUGUUGCUCGUAGCAAAGCCGAGGUUACUAGCUUCCUGACGGAGAUCCUGGCUGAAAAGUUGGGAUUAUCUCAGGCUCAAGUCCUUUCCACGAAAAGCUUCGCAGAUUAUGGACUGGAUUCGAGCUCUGUCGUGUGGGCCGCUCACAAGCUCUCAUCUUUCUUGGGAGUUCACGUUGCUGCUAUAGACAUCUACACGGCCGGCUGCAUCUCAGAGCUUGCCGACUCAGUCGAGAGCCUGGUGCUCACCACUAAGUCCUCUACGUCUUCGCAGCCAGUAGUGCCACCUGCGAUACCAGAAACCGAUGUCUCGGCUAAGGGGCCGAGCAAGACCGAGAUCUCAAACUUCAUCUGCCAGAUCAUCUCCGAACGGACAGGCAUCGACAUGUCCAAGCUGUCGCCGUCCCAAAGCUUUGCAAACUACGGCCUUGAUUCCGUUGCGGUGGUGUGGGCAUCACAGAAGCUAUCCAACUUUCUCGGAGUUCACGUUGCGGCCAUCGACAUCUACACUGCUGGUUGCAUAUCUGAGCUGUGUGACGUGGUGGACGGUCUCGUCGGCAAGACAGUAGUAACGCAGCAGCAGCAGGGCACUGAAAUCGAUGAUAAAGCUAGCUUGUCAUCGUGCCGCGGGGGACCUUAUACAGAUGACGAUUUUGAGGGCGAGAUCGUGACGGACUCUCAGCUGGAAUCCGGCAUUCUUCCAUCGCUCCAACGCCAAGUGUGCAUCACUUUUCUACAGCUCCUGGGCAUCAUUUACGUGGCAUGGACGCUCCUCGUCCCUGCAGCGUUUAUCCUGAGGCAGUUCACGUCCCUGGUUGCAGACCGGCCUGUUGUUGCUACGGUGCUCUGUGCUCCCUUGUGCUGGUUGCUCUACAUGGCAGCCACGGCGUUGGCAGCCAGUCUUGGGACGAGCUUCCUGCUUCCGGUGCUUCAUCUUCGGACCACAGUCCCGCUGUGGUCGCUCAACUUCGUAAGGUGGUGGACAUGCUACAGGCUCCAGGAUUUCGCAUCGGCCAGGAUAGUAGCGAAUCAGUUGCGGGGAACGGUUUUUGUCAACUGGUGGUACCGUCUGCUGGGAGCACAGAUUGGAUCCGGAGUUGAGCUGGAGACAACAGAUAUUACAGACCCUUGGCUUGUGGUGCUGGGUGACGGUGCUGCCAUCGGAGAGGGUGCAACCCUGCAGUGCCACGAGGUGAAAGCCGGUGCUGUCCAGUUCAAGCCCAUCAGAAUAGGACGGAGGUGUUCCAUCGGUCCCUACUCUUUCAUUGGCCUUGGUGCAUCCCUGAGGGCCACGUCGGUGUCUCCACUGGGUAAGGUUGAUGGAACCAGCCAGCUUGGAGUUCGUCACCUUGAGGAUGAUUCUUCCAAAGUUCACCCCUCACGUCGACAGGACAAGAACAGCACAAUGUUGUACACAUUGUGUCAAGCAGCCGGGUUGUACGUUGUGAGCCUCGUAUCUGCGAUCUCCGGGGUGGUCGGAUACGUGGUUUUUGUGUGGCUCGUUGACAAGCUCGGUAUCCUACCGGCUGGAGCAAGGGAAUCACAAACAGGCUAUAUAGUGUCAUCGCUCUUGUCAACGUUCCCUUGGGCCGUGACUGCUGCAAUUCCGCUCUCAGUGUUUCAAGACCCGAGCUCGAUCGUCGACUACUUGAUAUACGUUGCUCUUCAGGGGAAGCUGCUGGCGCUCGUGCUGUGCAUGGGAUGUGCCUAUAUCGGUUAUGGUGCCAGCCUCUGCUGGAUGACUUGGCUUCUGAAAUGA